UUAAAACGCCGCACCCACCACCGGUCUUCUCAUAUUUCUUCCCUCAUCCUCCUCUCUCUCUCUCUCCCUCACUCACCCCAGAGCAGAGCACAGGCCUCCUCUGAAGGCUGAAGGUGACGACCACGCCUCAGGCGGCGCCAUUGCCAUGGCGGACAAGAUCUCCACGGUUGUCCUCAAAGUUGACCUUGAAUGCGCGCGAUGCUACAGGAAGAUGAGGAAGGUCCUCUGCAAGAUCCAAGACAAGAUGAACAUCAAGACCAUCUCCUUCGACGAGAAGAGCAACUCCGUGACGGUGUCCGGGCCGUUCGACCCCGACAAGCUGUGCCGGAAGCUCUGCUGCGAGGCCGGCCGGGUGAUCAAGGAGAUGCAUGUCAAUGGCAAGGAGCAGAAGGCGGACAAGGACGGCGGCGGCGGCGGCGGCGAGAAGCAGAAGGCGCCCAAGGACGCCGGCAAGGCCGAGAAGGAUGGUGGGAAGGCGGAGAAGCCCAAGGACGGCGGCGGGAAGGCCGACAAGGAGAAGCCCAAGGACGCCGCGGCCGCCAAGCCGGAGAAGAAGGUCAAGUUCGACGACGCGCCGCCGGCCACGGACGCGAAGCCCGGCAAGGCCAUGCCGCCGCUGCCGCCCGGCAUGAGCAUGGCCGACCUCGGCCCGCUCCUGGAGAAGAUGAAGCAGGCCAAGCAGCAGGGCGGGGGCGGGCCCCAGCCACCGCCGAUGAUGGCGCCGCCCGUGGCCGCGCAGGGGGUGGCCGUGCCGUCCAUCUGGCCGGCGCCGGCCGGGCCCAUGUCCUACAGCUACGACCCGACGCCGUACGGCCAGCCGUCGUACUACGGCGGGGGCUGCGGCGGUGGGUGCGGCGGGGGGUGCCAGUGCUGCAGGCCGCCCGUGCCGGCCGGCGGGUACUACGGCGUGCCGGUGCACGACCACCAGGGGUGGUACCACGGCAACCGGCAGCCGUACUACCCGCAGCAGCAGCAGCAGCAGCAGCCGUACUGCGGCGAGGACCCCAACGCCGGGUGCAGCGUCAUGUGAUCGGCAGGCGACGCGCCAUGGACAGAGGCAGAGCAAUCAGGCAUCGGGCAUCAGUCAUCAGUUGUGUGGUCACUCUCCCGUACUCACUCAUGGCCUGCGGUUAAAAUUUUCCUUUUCUUUCUUCCUUCCGUGUCGUGGGUUCUUGUUUAUGUCUAAUUAGGCGUUGAGUUGUGCAUGUGACAGAGAAGUUGUGCUGUUGUGUUCCUGGUGCCUAGCUUGUUUCCUUAGUUGGUUCUUGUCAUGAAUGAAUAUAUUUAUACCAGUAAUUAAGUACUGUAGUUUAUUUGGA